CCUCAUAUCCGAUCAAAACUCUGACUUUCUGUAUCCCAUCAUAAUCCUUCAAAAAUUAUAAUAAAUUGAAAUGGGUUCAUCUCCUUCCUUGAAAUCUGGAGUUAUUGUUCAUGUUUUAAUUAUGAGUUUUUUAGCUAACUUGUGUUUUGGAUCAAGAAAGCUGACUGAGUUAUACCACCCGCCUGCCAUGACCUUGACUUACCAUAAUGGGGUUUUGCUUGAAGGGCAUCUCCCUGUUACUAUUUUCUGGUAUGGCAAUUUCUCACCGUCCCAAACAUCCAUUAUUGCAGACUUUCUUCUCUCAUUCAGUAACCCACGAAAAAAAUAUCAACACCACUCCUCUACACAGCCACUGGUAUCGCAUUGGUGGGAUACUCUUCAGAGCUACAUGAGAAGAGCUGGCAAGCGGGAGACUCAUGUUAUCUUGGCCAACCAAAUCUCUGAUAACAACUGCUCCAUCGGGAAAUUCUUGAAGAAAUCCGAUAUUACUGCGUUGGCCCAGCGUGUGAACUCUGGUGGAAGAGGUGGGCUGACACUCGUUCUGACGGCGGAGGACGUUGCCGUUGAAGGGUUUUGCAUGAGCAACUGCGGCUUCCACGCCUCAAACGCCGAAAAGACCUCAGCCAUCAUCUGGGUGGGAAACUCAGUGAGUCAAUGCCCGGGUCAAUGCGCAUGGCCAUUCCACCAGCCUAUCUACGGACCGCAAACCCCGCCACUUGUAGCGCCCAACGCCGACGUUGGGAUUGACGGGAUGAUUAUUAAUAUCGCGACCCUCUUGGCGGGAACAGUGACUAACCCGUACGGGAACGGCUACUUCCUCGGCUCGGCUGAGGCGCCGUUGGAGGCGGCUUCGGCUUGUACUGGAGUGUACGGAAAGAGGGCAUACCCAGGGUACGCCGGGGACCUACUAGUGGAUCCGAGUUCUGGUGCGAGCUACAAUUCUGUGGGUGUCAAUUCUAGAAAAUACCUUUUACCUGCGUUGUUUGACCCGUUGACUUCUCAAUGUUACACUCUUGUUUAAUGACUCUCAAUGAUCUGCCUAUUUACAUAAUCUACGAUAUCUAUUUUUAUAUGCAUAUUUAUGUAAAUAAAUUUCAUAAAUUGAUACCCUACGUUUCUAUCC